AUGAGCUAUCCUGAGAAGUUUCAAGGGUUCUGUGUGGCAGGCCCGAAAAGCUGGAAUCAAUUCAAGAAAGAGACUCUUACGCCCAAGCCGUUUGGAGACCGGGACAUUGAUGUACAGAUUGAAUGCUGCGGUGUUUGCGGAUCCGAUGUGCACACUGUCACCGGAGGUUGGGGUGAGUACGAGGGACCUCUAUGUGUCGGUCACGAGGUUGUCGGUAAGGCAGUCGCUGUGGGAGAGAGUGUAAAGGAGAUCAAGGUUGGCGACCGAGUGGGUGUGGGAGCCCAGGUAUGGGCGUGCUUGAAAUGCGACCAGUGUAAGAAUGAGAAUGAGAACUACUGCCCUCAUUUGGUCGACACGUAUAAUGCUACAUAUGAGGACGGUAGCCAAGCACACGGUGGCUUCGCCAGCCAUAUCCGCGCUCACGAGUACUUCACAUUCAAGAUCCCUGAUGCCCUAAAGUCGGAAGAUGCUGCGCCUCUUAUGUGCGCUGGCCUGACGACGUAUUCGCCAUUGGUUCGUGGCGGCGUCGGCCCCGGCAAGACCGUUGCGAUUGUCGGUAUCGGCGGCCUCGGCCACCUCGGCAUCCAGUGGGCCAAGGCUCUCGGCGCGGAGGUGUACGCCAUCACUCACUCUCCCUACAAGGUUGAAGACUGCAAGAAGCUUGGGGCCAAGGAAGUUAUCAAUAGCAACGACAAGGACUGGGCAAAGCCAUAUGCCUUCAAGUUCGACUUCAUGCUAAACUGCUCCGAUAUGACGAACGAGUUCGACCUCUCGACCUACUUGUCCACACUCAAGGUCGGCGGACACUUCCACAUGGUCGGUCUACCUGACAAGCCUCUGCCUCAGUUUCCUGCAGCCCUGUUCACCACCAACUCGGCGAAAAUGUCCGGUAGCCACAUUGGAAACAAUCAGGAGAUGAAUGCUUUGUUGAAACUGGCUGCGGAAAAGGGAAUCGCACCGUGGGUCGAGACAAUCGACAUAUCUGAGCAGGGAUGUAAAGAAGCCGUUGAGCGGGUCAAAGAGAACAAGGUCCACUACCGGUUCACCUUAGUCGGACAUCAGAAGGCUUUUGGAACGGCCUAG